AUGCGUCUCGAUCUGAUUCUCUUCAUGGCAGCUAUUACUCAAUAUUGCUGUGUCGAUACACUGUCAACUCGGCCAACAUCAGCAUUUGUGACACCAAGAAAGUCUAAUCAAUAUGCUCUACCUGCCCAAGGGUCUCUGCAAGACGGCACGGAGGCGACUGCAGAGGAUAGAGGGCUCAAUGACAUCACCAAAUUUGCUACAAGAAUAGUUAACAGGUUUGGAAUUGGCACCUCGGAUAAUGUGCGUUCACCGACGAUUUCAGCAGAUGUGGAAAAAGCUAUUAAGAGAUAUAGUCUUGGAAAAUCUACCACUUUGCUAAUGGACCCGAAGUUUUACAAAUUUCUGACACACAUUAAAUCUGUUUACGGAGACGACGCGUAUUAUGGAAUAGCAGAAGGUUUGGCGAGGGAGCGCGGUAUCAAGGCGCUGGCGAAAGUUUGGGCAGAUAAAGAAGGCAUGAAUGAGAAACAAGCCGUCGAAUUAUUGGAAUUUGACAAACUUCAACCUGACGAAACCAACAAAAGCUUGCUAAACCAUCCACUGUUCUCAAUGUUGAUCGAGUUCCUGAAACAGAAAUACCAAGACAACAAUGACUUCGAGGCAGCAAUGGCGAAGGCUUUUACUUACCUCAAUGAAUCCACUCUUGAAAAGAUGCUGGAAGCUGCCAGAAAUACUAACAGUAUUGAAGUUGAACAUGAAGUGGAGAUUGCUUUUUUAGAGAAUCAUUCGAAUACAAUGACGGCAAAUGAAGCUUUCGUUUUUUUGAGGCUUGACGCCCCAAAUGAAAGUAGCCUGCUAGACACGAAACAAUUUAAUUUGUGGGAUAACUUUGUAAAAGAAAAACAUUCGGAUAGUGCAGAUAAAGAGGUGGUGAAGAUUUUGGUAGAACAUCGCAAAGAAUUAGCCACUGUAAAUAUUUUACAAUUGGCUCGACAGAAUAAAAAUACGGCGACACGUGCGGACGUAUUACAAGAGGCGCAGAUGAAGACUUGGAUGGAGAGAGAAGACCCGCCAACGGUGGAAAAGGUCUACGGUGACUUCAGUCGUUAUAAGGAUCUAUUUGGUUUUGGCUAUGCACAACCAAUGUUUUAUGCAUGGAUCAAGUUUGCGCGAAUGACAAACAACUAUAACGAGGAAACAGCAAUGACAGAAGUUCUAGCGGUUUUACGUAGUAAGAAAGGCAAGGGUGAGGCCAGUUCUGUUUUGCCUUUGCUGGACCAACUUACCGGCAAUGCAGAGGCGGAUAAGAUCGCAGCCGGAGAAGUUGUGGAGAAUAAAGGAGUAACUGAAGAUGGUGCUUUCAGUUUGUUGAAUCUCGACGAGAAAUCUGACUUAAACAAACCUACACUUGAUUACUUCGAUAAGGGGGAGGUGACUAAAUUGCAGAAAGAUUCACGACGCUCUGAUAGAGAUCUUGACGGCAGUUUGGUGGAAAGGCCACUCUUUUACCCGUGGUAUAGUUAUGUCAAAUACCUACGAGGCAAUGAGGCGGAUGAAGCAAUAGCUUUUUUUCUGGCGAAGCGUUACGACAACAACAUAUAUACUUUGUUGAGGAUGCUAGAGAAUUACAAGACCUAUUGGCCUACGAGUGAAGUUGCGACAGAACUACAGCGUGCGCAGAUAUCUUAUUUUGUGCGCCAGGGAGAAACUAUUCAAAGUAUGAUGAAUACUUUACAGCUAAACCGCCAUGUAUUAAAAAUUUUGGCGUUUGACUCCGUUGAACAUAAGAUCAUUAUUGCUUUUGUGAAUGCGCUGCAGAGCAACGCAAAAAAGGAGGUAAAGGGGGGAGAAUGA